CAGAAGGCCCAGCGCCGGGAAGGGGUUUGCAGCUGCUCCGUCAUCGUGCGGCCCGACGCGAGGAGCCCGCGCUCGUGUGCAGGCCCGUCUCGGCCCCCGGUCUCUGGCGUGAGGGUUCACGCGAGGCCCCGGCCUCGGCCUCCGGACAAGGCCGCGACCCCGGCGCCAUGAAACAGGAGGGCUCGGCGCGGCGCCGCGGUGCGGACAAGGCGAAGCCGCCGCCCGGCGGUGGGGAACAAGACCCCCCGCCGCCCUCGGCCCCCCAGGACGUGGAGAUGAAGGAGGAGGCGGCUGCGGGUGGCGGCUCCGCCGGGGAGGCCGACGGCAAGGCGGCGACGGCGGCGGCCGAGCACUCCCAGCGGGAGCUGGACACCGUCACCUUGGAGGACAUCAAGGAGCAUGUGAAACAGCUGGAGAAGGCAGUUUCAGGCAAAGAACCUCGAUUUGUACUGAGGGCCCUGCGGAUGCUACCUUCCACAUCUCGCCGCCUCAACCACUAUGUCCUGUAUAAGGCUGUGCAUGGCUUCUUCACCUCAAAUAAUGCCACUCGAGACUUCUUGCUACCCUUCCUGGAAGAGCCCAUGGACACAGAAGCCGACUUACAGUUCCGUCCCCGCACAGGAAAAGCUGCAUCAACACCCCUCCUGCCUGAGGUGGAAGCCUACCUGCAGCUGCUCAUGGUCAUCUUCCUGAUGAACAGCAAGCGCUACAAAGAGGCACAGAAGGUCUCUGACGACCUGAUGCAGAAGAUCAGCACUCAGAAUCGCCGGGCCCUGGACCUUGUGGCCGCGAAGUGUUACUAUUACCACGCCCGGGUCUACGAGUUCCUGGACAAGCUGGAUGUGGUGCGCAGCUUCUUGCAUGCUCGGCUCCGGACAGCCACCCUUCGGCAUGACGCGGACGGCCAGGCCACCCUGCUGAACCUGCUGCUGCGGAACUACCUGCACUACAGCUUGUAUGACCAGGCCGAGAAGCUGGUGUCCAAGUCCGUGUUCCCUGAGCAGGCCAACAACAAUGAAUGGGCAAGGUACCUCUACUACACAGGGCGAAUCAAAGCCAUCCAGCUGGAAUACUCAGAGGCCCGGAGGACAAUGACCAACGCCCUCCGCAAGGCCCCUCAGCACACGGCUGUGGGCUUCAAACAAACGGUGCACAAGCUGCUCAUCGUGGUGGAGCUGCUGCUGGGGGAGAUCCCCGACCGGCUGCAGUUCCGCCAGCCAUCCCUCAAGCGCUCGCUCAUGCCCUACUUCCUUCUGACCCAAGCUGUCAGGACAGGAAACCUCGCCAAGUUCAACCAGGUCCUGGAUCAGUUUGGGGAGAAGUUCCAAGCAGAUGGGACCUACACCCUAAUCAUCCGACUGCGGCACAAUGUCAUUAAAACAGGUGUGCGCAUGAUCAGCCUGUCCUAUUCCCGAAUCUCCCUGGCCGACAUCGCCCAGAAGCUGCAGCUGGAUAGCCCGGAGGAUGCAGAGUUCAUUGUUGCCAAGGCCAUCCGGGAUGGCGUCAUUGAAGCCAGUAUCAACCACGAGAAGGGCUACGUCCAGUCCAAGGAGAUGAUCGAUAUCUAUUCCACCCGAGAGCCCCAGCUUGCCUUCCACCAGCGCAUCUCCUUCUGCCUGGACAUCCACAACAUGUCUGUCAAGGCCAUGCGGUUUCCUCCCAAAUCCUACAACAAGGACUUGGAGUCUGCAGAGGAGCGGCGUGAGCGAGAGCAGCAGGACCUGGAGUUUGCCAAGGAGAUGGCGGAAGAUGACGACGACAGCUUCCCUUGAACCCGGAGGGCUGGGGAGGGGCGGGGUGAAUGGGGACUGGAUCUUCACCUUUUCCCCGGGGGGUCCCCUCUCCAGGGGGCCCUUUUCCCACACACACUCGCAGACUGCAUAUGUGCAGAGGGUGAGGGGUGCAGGGAGCCGGCCACCCCCACCUCACGCCAGGGCCCCUCCCCAGCCGUGUGACCCAGCACAGAGCGGGCAGUAGGCGGGCAGGAGCCCCCAGGGCAGGGUCCUGGCUGACAGUGUGGGCAGCACUACACUCUCCUCCCGGGAGCAGGGGCUGGACUUGGGACAUGCAUUGGGUUGUAUGUUUUUUGAAGCUUCAAUUAUGAUUUUUAAACAAUAAAAAGUUCUCCA